GCUCCGUUCUCCGACCAUACGCACGUGUUUACGGAAAGAGGUUUUAUACCAAAUGCGUGUUCAGAGUGUUUUACAUUAAAUUACGAUUUAAUUUUUAUCAUAAUCUGUUAAUUUACAUCGUGUUUAAUCAGUAGUAAACAUGUCAUGUUAACGUUACUGAAGUGGAUUCAAAACAAUUUGAGAAAUGUAACUUACCUGAUUGAGUAGUAAAAGGAGCCAGGUUUUACAGUUUAUAGCGACCCCCAGAAACACGCAGUCCUAGUUGUUUAGGAAUAAAACUAAGCAAAAAUGCCCAAAUCUGUAAAGAAGCACCCUAGGAUGGAUGAUCAGAGCUCAGACGAUGAAGAUGAUGCUUUAGAGAUGGAGAAGAACUUUGCUUUGCUCAGUCAAAGGGGUGCGAUGCAGACGUCUGCAGAGGAUGAAGAAGAGUACUUUGACGAUGAGGAUGAGGAAGAUGGACCAGGAGAGGACGGAGAUGAAGAAGAUGCUGCGGUGGAAGGAGAUGACGACGAUGCUGCAGAUGACGAAGAGGUGUCAGGAAGUGAUGAAGAUAAAUUAGAUAGCGCUCCUGAAGAAGCCUUUAAAGAAGAAGAAAGAACAUACAUGAAAUCACAUACAAAGGGUGAUGUUAAAAUAGACUUAUCGAGCAUGUCGUUUGAAGAAAUCAUGAAGCUACAGAAUAAAGUUGGAACCAAAGCAUACAACAAAAUGGCUUAUGGUGUCACGAAACAGAAGCAGCAAAACACAGAGCCCAAGAAAAGACUGAACAGAUACAAACCUCAGGAGAUUUCUGCAAAGAAACGCGUGCCUUACAUCAGACAAGUGGUUCCUGUCAAAAAAAAUAUUUCAAGAGACCCCCGAUUUGAUGACCUCUCAGGAGAAUACAAGCCUGAAGUUUUUCACCACACAUACAAAUUCAUCGGCGAUCUCAGAGAACAAGAAAUGCAGAUGGUGAAAAAAAAGCUAAAGAAAGCUAAAUCGCAGGAAAAAAAGGAAGAACUGAAAGCUUUGCUUAAGAGGCUGGAAAACCAGCAGAGAGCUCGGCAGAGGCAGGAAAACGAGAGAGAGAAGGAACUUCAGUUCAAGAAGAAACUAAGAGGCAUGGUUGGUCAGGGACACAAACCCUUCUACCUGAAGAAAUCCGACAAGAAGAAGAUGGAAUUGGCAGAGAAAUACAGCGAACUGAAGAAGAGCGGGAAACUGGAGAACUUCUUGAGUAAGAAGAGAAAACGUAACGCCACUAAAGAUCGCCGGAAGCUGCCCAAUCAGCACAAUGCUCGAUGAACAUAGUCCAAUCACGGAUCAGCCUGCAUAGAUUUGUCUCUGUAUGAAACAAUGGACACAAGCAUCUACUGGAAAGUUAUUCUUGUUGUUCUUGCAGUUAUUCUUGCAAAUUCAGAAAUUUAGAUUUUCACAUGCAUGUACACAUAACUGGUUAUUUUGUUAUUAAGUUUGAUGUUUCACCUUACUUCUGUAUUUUAGUGUUUACUUGAUUAAAAUGUAUGACUUAAUGGUUAGCACACAGA